AUGACCCUCAAGUGCUGGCACGCUGCGUCACCUCGAAAACCACCGUCAGUUAUUGACACAAGCGAAUCGCUCGUAUCUCCCAGUAACCAGGACAGCCACAUGGGCCGCGGACGUGCUACGCCAAAGUCGACACGAUGUCGCUCCCAAUCGAGCAACUGGGACAAAGACGUUGUGGACAACUCGGACGAGAGCGAAGACGAUCACUUCGAUGCCACGGCGGCCACGAUUCCAGCACCAUCGCACCAGAUCCACGCCAUGCCAGCGCUUUGGUCGAGCGGCCGGAGAUGGCACAGUCGUGGCCGUAAUCGACGACGUACCGUCAGCGAAAACUACACUUACACUAACGUGAACAACAGCAGCGGCGUCGGUAUGACUGGUUGUAGUAGCCAUCACACGCUCACAGGAUCCCCGUCGUCGCUCAGCUCGAUGCUACCGUCUUCUCUGUCCGGAGGGGACGAGCAGCUUCGUGAGGCAGCGGCAGCCGCUGCGGCAGGAGAGAGUCUUAAUCAACGAGUACGGAUCGUAUCGCCUGACGGCCCGCGAUUCGCUGGUUGGGUACGAGGCCAAGCCGCCGACGUACAAUGGGAGGCGCUGGAUCCUAGCGUGCAAUGCGUGCGGAUUGACGUGUGCAAUGUAGCGUGGACUGUGCCAACCACUAUCGCGCACCGCGUAGCUAACGACGGCAUGUUUCGCUGGCGCCGCGUGUACUGGGGUAUGCCGAUUGCCGAGGGCUAUUAUGUGAAUAUUUACGACGUGACGGAGCAGAAGGACCCCGCCGACUCACUGUUACUGGCACAGAGCGAGCGCUUCGCCGUCAUCAAGUGA